AUCUUGAUACUUGGCAACAGACAUCUUUGCCAUUCUAUCAUCUCCACUCUAGGUUCACGACAUCAUCAUCUGACGACUGCAACUACAUGAUUACCGUGCUAACGUAUCCCUCUCAAACACUCACUCUUCCGCCCAACUCCCAUCAGUUUCCAGUGCAACACAAAACCUCUGAUUUUAAUUCAGCCGCACUGCAGUCAGCAUUUACCGGCUAUGAUAUCAUCCUAAACACGAUGGCAGGUGGAGACUCGGACCUACAGAUUAGCAUAAUCAACGCCAUUGUAGCCGCAGCUGUCAAGCGAUUUGUCCCUGAUGAGUUCAGUCAUGAUAAUCUGAACAAACAGCUACAAGCCUGCCUACCCACGCAUGCAGAACGAGCAAAGGUCAUUAACCAUCUCAAGAACCUGUCGGAUGCUAUUGCUACAGGAUAUACACUUAACACCAAAAUCAUCAAUGGCUACAUGGGCUUUGACAUAGAAUGGCAAAGUGCCACUUUUCAUGGCACAGGUAUGGAGAUGUUUGCGGCGUCCAGCCUAGCAAGAAUAGGUCAGGUUGUAGCUCGAGUGCUUGCCCAUUGGGAAAAGACCAAAAACCAAUACAUCUAUGCUGCUGGUGCUGUUAUAUCAGCCAAUGAAGUCCUCAAGUCUGUCGAGGAGAUGACUGGUCAAGAGUUUGCUGUAGGGAGUUAUGGCGUAGAAGAAUGCGUAGAAGAAGGGUGGAAGAGGAUCGAAAGAGGCUAUCCUGAUUCGGGACUUGCUUUGCUCGAGCGGAGUAUACUCUACGAUGGCCAGCUGAAUGCAUCGGCACCUUUUAGGAUACACAACGCCAAUGACAUGCUAGGGCUUGCGCCAGAGUCGGCAAAUUCCAUGGUUACAGAAGCAUAUCAUCGCUUGAAGCAUCUUGGCAAACCGGGUUGUGCAUGUGCAACAUAA